ACUGCACGUGAGACCGGUGCAUGACCUAAAAUGGAGUUUCGUUUUUGCCUUUUUUUUCAACACUGCUCAUACUUCUUUCUCAUCGUUUGGAAUUCACGCCACCUUUUUUUUCUCUUGUUUUCAGUAUAUAAACUAUUGCGCUUUAUACACCUAUGUCAGGCUACAACUAUAUCAUAAAAGUAAAACAGGCAAUGUCGCAUAACUUGAGCACGAGACUUAUACCAGUUUCCAUCGUUUCUCUUACAGGCGUUGGCAAGUCUUGCCUUUUACUUCAAUUCACAGACAAAAGAUUCUACUCUGGACGUGAACUGACGAUUGGUGUUGAAUUCGGGACCAAGUUCAUUACAGUUCGGGAUAAACAAGUCAAACUACAGAUCUGGGAUACAGCAGGCCAAGAGAGUUUUAGAAGCAUUACACAAAGCUACUACCGAGGCGCUGCAGGUGCAUUGCUAGUGUAUGAUAUUUCCAGACGAGAAACAUUUGAACAUAUUCCCACAUGGCUUGCUGAUGUACGAAAACACGCCAACCCAAAUACCACGAUCAUGCUGAUAGGCAACAAAUGUGACCUGGAUCGUCGUCAGCGACAAGUAACGAGUGAAGAAGCUGAAAAGUUUGCGAAAGAAAAUGACAUUCCACUGUUCAUCGAAACUUCCGCCAAAUCCGCCGAGAACGUAGAGGAAGCGUUUGUCAAGACAGCCGAGGAUGUGUAUGAAAAAAUCGAAGCCGGCUUAUUUGCAAACGAGACAUCGGGAAUCCGUUUGGGAGCGGCACCUAACCCAUUAGAAGAAGGAUCAGGAGGCGCUUGCUGUUCAUAAGUUUGCCUCAUAUUUCCCAAUCAAAUGCCGUCUCUCCCAUAGGACGCCUUUCCAUUUUUGAUUCCAUUGCUGUGUUUUUCCUUCCAUAAAAUAUCUUUUUUUUUCCUAAUAUCUUCCCCCAUCUUAUUCUUUCUUCAUGCCAGUUCAGAUAAAAGUGAAAAAUACAAUAUUCAUGGAUCGCAGCGAUUCCUGCAUUCCCCUUUCCCAAUUCAAAAAA